AUGUUAACUCUAGAGUCUGCAUUAACUGGCGCUGUGGCUUCGGCAAUGGCCAAUAUUGCAGUUUAUCCGCUGGAUUUAUCGAAGACGAUCAUUCAGUCACAAGUAUCUCCUUCUUCAAGUGAGGAUAGUAACGAAGGUAAAGUUUUGCCCAAUAGGAGAUAUAAGAAUGUUGUAGAUUGCAUGAUAAACAUAUUCAAAGAAAAGGGUAUUUUGGGUCUGUAUCAAGGUAUGACAGUCACUACGGUGGCCACAUUUGUCCAGAAUUUUGUUUAUUUCUUUUGGUACACAUUUAUCAGAAAGUCCUACAUGAAACAUAAGCUGUUAGGACUGCAAUCACUGAAAAACCGCGAUGGUCCUAUCACACCUUCUACGAUUGAAGAAUUGGUACUUGGGGUAGCAGCUGCCAGUAUAUCGCAACUUUUUACUAGUCCCAUGGCUGUGGUAGCUACAAGACAACAAACAGUCCAUUCUGCAGAGUCUGCCAAAUUUACCAACGUUAUUAAGGACAUUUACCGUGAAAAUAAUGGGGACAUAACUGCUUUUUGGAAAGGUUUAAGAACAGGUUUAGCAUUGACGAUAAAUCCUUCCAUCACAUAUGCCUCUUUUCAAAGACUUAAAGAAGUUUUUUUCCAUGACCAUUCCAACGAUGCUGGCAGUUUGUCAGCAGUGCAAAAUUUCAUUUUGGGUGUCCUUUCCAAGAUGAUUUCGACUCUAGUUACGCAACCCUUGAUUGUCGCUAAAGCAAUGCUUCAAAGCGCUGGCUCUAAAUUCACUACUUUCCAAGAAGCGCUACUAUACUUGUACAAAAAUGAAGGGUUAAAAUCUCUUUGGAAGGGAGUUCUUCCUCAAUUGACAAAGGGUGUCAUUGUGCAAGGUCUGUUGUUUGCUUUCAGAGGAGAAUUGACAAAAUCUUUAAAGAGGCUAAUAUUCUUGUACUCUUCUUUUUUCCUAAAGCACAACGGACAACGCAAGCUGGCUUCCACUUGA